AUGGAUAAUACAACAGUGUAUGCAAAGAAAUCUGUCAUUAACGGGAAAUAUGUGGAUGACUUUAAUUGUGCAAUUUGCCAUGAAGUGUUUGAAAAUCCUAGAUACUUGCAGUGUAAUCACUCAUUUUGUCUCAAGUGUAUUAUAGAUUAUAUUCGGAAGAAAGUUCGUGAAAAUGGUUUGGAAACACAUUUUUACUGUCCAUUAUGCAGAGCAGAUAUCAAUAUUUCAAUGGCGAGCAUAAGAAAUGUUAUAUACACAAAAACAUUGGGCGAGGAUGACGUGAAACACAUCUUUCCAAGAAACAUAGCACUUGCCAGUGCCACGGAGAACUUAAACAUUGAGCGAGAAUUUUGCACUGAACAUCCAAACAAAAUUUAUGAUCACUUUUGUGCGGAUCACGGACUUCUGUGUUGCAGCAAAUGUAUUUUGAAAACGCACCGUAACUGCAUAUCUGUCAUUGAUAUAGACGAAUGUGGUCAACAAACCUUUGAAAAACUUUUGCGUGAGUCACAGCGACAUUUGCUUGCAAGAUACACGAUCUGUGACCAAAAACUGACGUCACUAGAAAAAGCAAAACAGAUUUUGCUGACUUCCUUAGAAAAUUUGAAAUCAGAUGUAAUUGCUACUGUCACAAAAGCACAAGAAAAUGUAAAACAGCUUGCACAAAAUGAAAUUGAACUUCUCAAACAGUUGCGUGGACCACCGCCAAAACCAAUCCCCGUCGGCCUCUCCUGCAAUAAGGAAACUUUCAUUUUGGAAAUACAGAACAUAGAAACGAGAAUAACAGAUUGUAAAAAGGCGAAUACAGUUGAUAAUCUACGUGCAAAAUUAGCUGUACCAAUACAAGAUGUCAGAGCCAGCAUUAAACGGAAACUUGAUUCUGCAGGGUUAGAUCCUGCAACGAUGGUGAAGCGCGCGAUGCCAAUUAAAGGUGGUAUAGCGGUCGAGGAUACAAAAUUCAACAAGAAACCGUUUUAA